AUGAAUCUACUUCAUCUUUUCUCGCUUCUUCUAGCUACUGCUAGGUCUGUGCAAGCCAUUGUUGGUGGUGCAGAAGCAACCAAGGGUCAUAUCCCGUUUAUUGUCGCCCUGGCGAGGACCAGCUUCUAUUGUGCGGGAACGUUAGUUGGAUCACAGCAUGUGCUCACUGCGGCACACUGUGUCCAUGGCAUAUCAAUGUCAAGUAUGAAGGUCCGACUGGACUCCCUGAGGCAUGCUAGUGGCGGCACUCAGAUUAGCAUUUCCGCAAUUGCCGUCCAUUCACAAUACAACGCUACCACACUUGAGAACGAUGUGGCUGUGUUGACCUUGACAAAGUCCUAUACCGGCAUAGCCCCCGCUCAGCUACCCUCGAACGACCAUACACCCGAGAAAGGAAGUAGCGUUAGGAUUGCGGGUUGGGGUAUGACUUCAGAUGGAGGAUCUUACACUGCUACACUGCGGACAACCAGUGAGAAUAUUGUUGGUUCCAAGGACUGUCAUGCAGCAUAUAAGGGUGUUCUCACUGUCACGGAAGAUGAUAUCUGUGCAGGUGUGACCGCAGGUGGCAAAGGUGCCUGUUCAUUUGACGAUGGUGGCCCUGUGAUUGAUUCAAAUAAUACCCUGAUCGGGAUUAUCUCGAGGCGUAAGCGGUGUGCUCUACCAGGUUACCCCGAUAUUGAUGCUCGUGUCGGUGCCUAUCUUGACUGGAUCUCCUCCCAAAUGGCCUGA